AUGGAGCGCUAUGUGCAUCUGGAGUGCGGGCGUUGCGGCGAGCGGCUUUACACCGACUUGGUGGACUUUGUUCAGGCGGAAGGCUCGCAACCGCACCUGGAUGCCGAGAUCUACACAAAUCAAGAGCCAGAUAGCUUGGCCCAUCUCUGCGACAAGGAGGUUCACGGCUGCAGAGGGAUUUCCUUCAACUGCAGUCAAGAUUGUCACCCCAUGCAGUUCCUAAUCGACAAGGGCACUGGCAUUGUGGACCGGAAGAACUUCAAGUUUGCGCUGGCAUGCGGAGACCAUUUCGUUCGCAUUGUGGAAGUGCCGAAGCUCGCGCUCGUGCUUACCGUCGCAGCGCACAUGGAUGCGCUCUGCUCGACUCUGUCGUUUACCUCCGCGGCCGGUCAGUGCCUGGCGUCGCUGGCUGUGGAAGAGCCGGACGCCAUGGUUUUCAGGGACGUCAGGGCUGAAGCAGUGGCGCUCUUGGAGCUGGAGACGGACACCAUUCCGAAGUUUGUUCUGGCAGAUGGUCUUUUGCUCGACCAGGACCAUGAUGAUCGUACCAUCGCGGACAUCUUUGCCACUCCGGUGAGCUAG